CAGUAGGAACAUAAUCGAAGCUAUUGCUUGUUACCUCUCAGUUUGAUAUCACUGAGGACUUCUAACAUUAAUAGUACAUUUUUACCAACGCAGCUCAGCUAAACAAUAAAGCCUGUCCCUUUUCCUGCCAUUUUAGAGGCUGGGAGCUUCCUCUGUGCAGCAUGUUUACUUCCCAAACUUCGUCCUUCCAAGACUCAAUCGAUGUGGAGGAGAGGGAUGACUUUGACAGCGAAGAAAUAGCUGGAUUCAGCCAGAAGAUUCAGCUGAACUGCUACUACACCAUCUACCUUUAUCAAGGCACAAGAUCUGAGGCUUCUGGGGAAAAUGUGGCAUGGAACCAGAGACGAGCAGACUCCACAACCAGUCAGGAUGACUUUAGCCUCACACUAAUUGACAGCAGCCUGCCAUCAGAGGCAGAACCAGAGCUGCGGACCUACAUUUCAAGGCGUCUAAGCAAAGGAGCCCUGCUUGGAGGCAUGGGCAACAUCGCCACUGUGGAACUCAGCCUUCCAGAGCAGGCUGUCGGCUGCUACUGCUGCCUCUUGGAGCAGGAGCGGUCUCCAGAACAGGCAGAUUCUGAUGGGAAUGGAUAUGUCAUCUGCUUUAUGGGAGGCUCUGAAAAAGGACUGAACUUAUUUAGAUUAGAGCUUGAUAAAUACGUCCAAGGCCUGCAUAGCAGUCUGCAAACUCCAGAGCUGCAGAACCUCGAGACAGAGGUGCGCCCCUAUCUGAGCCAGUGGUACGAGGAGUCUGUGAUGCACAUUUAUCGAGUGGCGCAGCUGGUCCAGAGCAACAUCAGCUUCCUGCUCCAUGCUGCUCUCAGUCACACACAUGUAGAGGUCAUCAAUUCAGACCAGAGGACGAAGGCUGACGUGUCCAGGUUCAUCAAAGCAGCCAGUUUGCAGGGACUGUCCCAGCAAGACACCACCACCGCUUCCCUGUGCAAGGCCAUCUCAGAGGACGCACAGUCUGCCCUGAUCAUAGACUGCUCCAGCAGCCCACCCACACUCACAAAUACUGUCAGCAAUCGUUUCUGUGAUGACUGGAUUCAGGCAUUUCUGAACGCUGCAGAGCGCUGUAAUCCAUUCCUGCUCAGACAGAUUCUGGAGAACUUCAAACUUAAGGCCAUCCAGGACAUGAACAGCUUGAAGCGCUUCGUGCGUCAGGCAGAGAUGAGUCACUACGCCCUAUUUCGUUGCAGUCAGUUCCUGCAGGGCUGCGGGAACGGAGAUGUGUUGCUGCAGAACGCCCGGGCCGAGCACAGCGAUCUGCCCGAAGCCUGCAGCAUCAUCACCGUCCUGGAGGAGUUCCUCAGGGAACAAUCCCAGGCCCAGGCGUGAUCUCCAUAAGACGGUCUGCACUACCAGCAAACCUCACACUACAACCCAUAUAAAAUAUCAGAUUGCCUGAGAGAAUUGCAGCUGUUGAGGCUGCUGCAUAAUUAAAAAAAAUGUAAAUUAUAAAACUAUGUUUUAAAGGGUGGUGGUCAGACUUGGAAUACGUACUGUAAAACAGUGACAGAUUUAGUGACAUCACUGUAUUAACAUUGAUAACCAUUAACGCCAGCUGUUAAUUAGAAAUGAUUCAAGUUUCUACAGACAUUACCUCAGUGAAGAUAAAUACAAAUUUAACAUAAACAGAAUAUUUAAAGUCUAGUUAUUAAGUGGCUUGUGUUGUUGUCGUUCAUCACAAUACUACAAACCAAAUAUUAUUUCCAGUAUUUUGCUAACUGACAAAGAUCACAACACAGACUCGAUCCAAACAAGAGCAUGUUCUGCUCGUUAGCAUGUUGCUUAGUUGUUGUAUAUUCUUUAUAAAUUAAUUAAUAUUUUUAAUUUCUUUUGACUUUGAGGGAAAAAAAAUUACUUUGACUGCACAAAUCACUCCUCGUGCUUUUUACAUACGCGCACCUUGUUUUUGCUUGUAUUUCAACCCAGUAUAUGCACUACUAAAUUAUUUUAUUUUAAUGAGUGAGGAUACUGCGUAUACAUGCUGUAUGUUUAGUGUCGUACAUGUAGAAUAAUUUGUGGCUAUUUUUGUUAAUAUUCACUAUCACGGCCUUCAUCAGCUCACAGAUUCCUGAGAACAGAACAGGCACUAUGUGACCAUCACUACAUCACUGAGAGGGUGACAUUUAAAGGGUUUCCCACAGAAAAAAAAUGUUCUGAAAAACAAAAAAAUAAGAAAAAUGUCUUUACUUUCUUUUCCUCUUUGUUUGUUUUUUAUAUUCUUUAGUUUUUAAAGUGUUAAGCUCAGAUCAUUCCCAUCAAUUCAAGUCCAAAGUGUGUAAUACAGCAAUAUCUAUGUUAAUGGUGUGUACUUUUAAACUGUGAACCAGGUUUGAUAUGUAAAUGAGUACUUUUGUGAACAAUAGUGUGUCUGACCCUGCAGUUCUGAUAUGUACACAUUUCUGUACAGCAUGUGUUCUCUACCUAAAAAUAGGCAUGUGGUUCUUUGGUCUUGUAUAGAAGGAGUAAAUAAAUACCACAGUUGAACCUCCAGUGCCGUUGUAUCAGUGACCUAGUUUUAGAAAAAAAAAAGCUGAGGGACAUUAUUUACAUUUGUAU